UAGCAUAACCAGCCGAGAAGAAGACAUUUAUAUACAGACCCACAUGUGAAAUCAUGUCGAAGGCCAAACAAAAACGUGCAAAACGACUGGGUUGUCGGGAAAAAUAUAAGCUUAACGAUGGGACGCAGAGUGACCUUUCAAGGAAUACAAAUCCAUAUAUUUCAGUGCGAAAUAUGAAAGAGCAUGGGAAACCAGAAGACAUUCGAAGAAAAAGGCUUCAAGAACUCCAAGAAAGACAGAGGUUGUCAAGAGAACAAGAGCAAAUGAAGAGGAGAAGUCUGGAUAGCUUUCAGAGAGACAUUCAGAAGCGACAAAGAGAGUUUGAGCAGAGAGAAAUGGAGAUGCAGAGUUUAGAGAAACAUGUAAACUUUGAAAAUGAGAACUCAAGAAAGGCAUAUUACAGGGAAUUUAAAAAGGUGGUUGAAGCUUCUGAUGUGAUCUUGGAGGUCCUGGAUGCCCGAGACCCUCUAGGCUGCAGGUGUCCCCAGGUGGAACAGGCUGUUAUUCAGAGUGGUACUGAAAAGAAAAUAGUAUUAGUACUUAAUAAAAUUGAUCUGGUUUCUAAGGAUAUAGUGGAGAAAUGGAUCAAGUAUCUUCGCAAUGAAUUUCCUACUGUUGCAUUCAAAGCUUCAACUCAGCAGCAGAACAAAAACUUGAAAAGGAGUAAUGUGCCAGUGACUCAGGCCUCCUCUGAGCUCCUCAGUAGCAGUGCUUGUGUGGGAGCUGACUGCCUCAUGAAACUGCUUGGGAACUACUGUCGCAACCAAGACAUAAAGACAGCCAUCACUGUCGGAAUAGUUGGCUUUCCAAAUGUUGGAAAGAGCAGUUUGAUAAACAGCUUGAAACGGGCACGUGCAUGUAAUGUUGGGGCCACACCUGGUGUGACUAAGUGCCUUCAGGAAAUACACUUGGACAAACACAUCAAACUUUUAGAUUGCCCAGGUAUUGUAAUGGCAACCUCAACAACUGAUGCUGCCAUGAUCCUUCGGAACUGUGUGAAGAUUGAACAACUUGUAGAUCCUCUACCCCCUGUGGAAGCCAUUCUUAGACGGUGUAACAAGGCACAGAUCAUGGAACACUAUGGAGUUCCAGAUUUCCACUCAGCUCUAGAUUUUUUGGCUUUGCUGGCUCAGCGACAAGGCAAGCUAAGGAAAGGAGGACUGCCUGAUAGUGACAAAGCUGCUAAAAGUGUCUUAUUGGAUUGGACAGGGGGUAGAAUCAGCUACUUUACACAUCCUCCGGAGACCCACACUCUUCCUACUCAUAUCAGUGCUGAGAUUGUGUCUGAGAUGGGUAAAGCCUUUGACUGGGAUGAACUGGAUAAGGGAAACCAGGAGGUUUUAGCAGAGUCUUCUUGUCCUGAUGUACAAAUGGGAUUCUGCAUGGCAACCUCUGGGAUGACACAGUGUGAUCUGGAGACGCCACCUUGUGACUUAGAAAUGGAACUUGCUUCUCUAAAGGAGAUUGAGUCCAAAAAUGAAACUGAAUCCAUGGGUGAUGAUCAGGAUCUGAAGUUUGGACCUAUGACUGUGCAGAUACAAACUCAAAAGUCAAAGACUGGUGGGUCUGCAGAUGCAGUUUCCUCCAGAGAUCUGGAUUUAAAGGAUAUCUUGAAUGUUGACCCACUGCAGCAAGGUCAGGCACUCAAGGCUGCCAGCAAGAAGAGGAAAAAGCAACAAAAAAGAUCUGAUAAAAUUGCAACCAAACUCUCAGACACCCUGACAUCUGCAAUGAACUUUACAUUUGCAGAUGGAUGAGAUUAAAGAAAAUAAACUUGUUCUUCUAUAUUUGA